AUGGCUGACCAGGUGGACGUGAGCAAGCUCAAGCUCGAAGAAGAGGCCAAGAAAGCUCAGGAACAGAAAAUCACUCCCUGGGAGGUGGAAGGUGCCGUCGACGAAAAUGGCCAGUCCAAAGGUAUCGAUUAUAACAAGCUCAGUGCCCAGUUUGGCACGAAGCUCAUCAGCGAAGAGACUCUUGAGACGUUCAAGAGGGUCACAGGCCACGAACCACAUCCAUUGUUGAAGAGAGGCGUGUUUUUUUCCGAAAGAGACUUGCACAAAAUCUUGGAUUUGUACGAACACGGCGAGCCGUUCUUCCUUUACACUGGGAGGGGCCCUUCGUCGGACUCGAUGCACUUGGGCCACAUGGUCCCCUUCAUUUUCACUAAGUGGUUGCAAGAAGUCUUCGACGUGCCUCUUGUCAUCGAAAUGACUGACGACGAGAAGUUUUUGUUCAAGCAAAAGUUGACCAUUGACGAUGUCAAGGGUUUCGCUAAGAAGAACGCCAAGGAUAUUAUUGCCGUGGGUUUCAAGCCAGAAAACACCUUCAUUUUCUCUGACUUGGAGUUCAUGAACCCAGCGUUCUAUGAGAAUAUCGUCAGAACAUCGAGACAGAUCACCACUUCAACUGCCAAAGCAGUCUUUGGUUUCCAAGACUCCGACUGUAUCGGUAAACUCCACUUUGCAUCGGUUCAAAUUGCCACUGCGUUCCCCUCGUCAUUUCCUUCGGUGCUUGACUUACCGCCAAAGACACCAUGUUUGAUCCCUUGUGCAAUUGACCAGGAUCCUUAUUUCAGGGUUUGUAGAGACGUUGCCGAUAAGCUCAAGUUCAGCAAACCUUCGUUGCUCCAUGCUAAGUUCUUCCCUGCUUUACAGGGCGCCUCCACGAAGAUGUCUGCUUCAGACAGCACAACGUCUAUUUUCAUGGACGACUCUCCCAAGCAAAUUCAGAAAAAGAUCAACAAGUAUGCCUUUUCUGGUGGCAGAGCCACUUUGGAAGAGCACAAGGAGCUUGGAGGUAAUGUAGACGUCGACGUUGCAUACCAAUAUCUCUCGUUCUUUUUGGAUGAUGAUGAAAAGUUGGCGCAAUUGGCCGAGGGCUACAAAAAAGGUGAGAUCAUGUCUUCUGAGAUGAAGAAGGAGUGUAUAGCGGUUGUGCAAGAGUAUGUGGCAGCUUACCAGGAAAGAAGGUCCAAGAUUGACCAGGACGUGGUGGACUCAUUCAUGAAGCCACACAAACUUGUGUGGGGCAAGGCCGAGAGGAGGGUUCCAGUGAAGGAGAGACAGAAGAAGUCCAAGAAGUAG